UAUUUAUCGGCUCUUAGACCUCCUGUGGAUGAGUCAGUAGAGCAAAUAGACCCAGACUCUCCAGAGGCAGAUGAUGAAGAACCGAGAGGUAGAGUGGAUGUCCAAGAAUGGAGACAGAUCCUGGACAUCCUAUGGAGUGAUCCCAAAAACCAAGAAGGAUGCAGACCAAACACCUUCCGUGGAGGUGGAAGUUAUUUUGGUCCGGACAUAACCAAAAAAGUAUUAGCUAAACAUAAUUUAGAUUUACUAGUGAGAUCACAUGAAUGCAAGCAUGAAGGCUAUGAAUAUACACACAAUGAUCAAGUAAGAUAUGACAUAAUUUUUAUGAUACCCUCAUUAUGAAGAAAUAAAG